AGGUUCUGGUCGACAACGAGCCCGUCGAAGGGUAUGCACUUCUGAUCAUGAACGAGCUGCCCAACUGUGUGAAGGAUAUCCUCAUCUCGCUGCGGUGUUGUUUCCGCUAUCGCACGGAAGACGGGACCACUCACACAGUCCUGUUGUACGAAGAGAUACAGCGCAACUCGACCCCCUUUGAUGAGAGUGGCCUACCCGAGGGCGAGUAUGAGUUCCCAUUCAGUUUCUCGUGCCCGGACGAUCUGCCUCCGAGCUUGACUAUAGGUCACGACUCCGACUCAGUAUCCAGCUGUAAAGUGUGGUACGAGAUCAGAUCGUAUGUGAUGCACACAGAAAACCACCCCACACUCGAUCGGAAGCAUCUGAGGACGGCCGUGCGCUUCCAGAGGUACUACUCGAGUGGGAACGGGCCAAACAAAUACAUAAUCACCAACGACAAACCAGAGCCCCUGCACUACGCGUUUGGACAUGUGAAGGUGCAGGUGCAGCUGGACCGCCAAGUGUUCCGGAUAGGCCAGCCGGUGACGUUCCGGUUGGGCAUCUACCACGACAUGCUGAGGAGUAUAAGCUCGGUGAAGUGUUAUCUGAAGCAAGUGCUGAGUGUAAAGAAGAGGGCCGUGAGGCAGGUUAAAGAAUAUAAUUCCAUAUCAGUCGUGGGGUUCAGGGAAUUAAAUCAGAAAGGGGUGCCGGUACGACGAAAACAGCACUUCAGCACAAACGUGUCCAUUAAGGCUAACCCAACACUUGAUGAGGCGGGGUGCAUGGCGGUGGCUGGGGGUCAGGAAAGAGUGGCCUUUCCAGCGCUCUCGGGCACAUUCGAACGGCACGGGGCCGAAGGGGUGUCAGUGUCAUAUAUACUCGAGAUACACCUGUCAGUGGUGCUGUCAUCAGACCUUGUAGUGUCUGUGCCAUACAUCACGGCGUUUGGGGCGCACGAGGAGGACGAGAAUAAACCACCCAGCUAUUGGAUACAGCGCGCCACGGACGAGAAAUCAAAGGCCGAUUCUGAUCCGGAGACAAGUACAGAUCCCAAAACAAAUAUGCUACUUUCACAAGGCGAUCUGCCUACAUACCACGAGCUCGUCUCGGAAGAAAGUUUGUCCCAGAACGAGCUGGCCCUGCCGCCCACCCCCAAAUACACACCAUCGACAUUGAGAUCAUCUGUGGCGGAAAGCCGAACUAAAGUGCAGGCGAACGAAACUGCCAAAGCAGAUACAACGAUAUCUAC